AUGAGCUCUAUCGUUUCACCGAGAGUCAAUGGCGACACUUCGCCAACCAAUACCGCGGAUCGACGGGAUCCCGAUGGCUGGUCUGAAGAGGAGGAAGAGGAAGAUGUCGGUGAUGGGGAUGGGUCCCGAAAGCGAAAACGACCUAUGAGUGUCAGCUGCGAGAUGUGCAAGACUAGAAAGGUGAAAUGUGACAGAGGCCAUCCUCAUUGUGGCUGGUGUGUUCGCAAUGGCCAAGUCUGUGAAUACAAGGAGAGGAAGAAACCUGGGUUGCGAGCGGGAUAUGGCAGAGAACUUGAAUCGAGACUUGACAAACUCGAGGGAGUUUUAGCAAACCAACAGCAUCUCCUUCAACAGCUCGCAGACCAUUUGCCCUCCGCUCGGAGCAAUGUUUCGCCCAGCAGUCAAUCGCAUAGUGCUCCUCAAGCACAAAAUGCAAUGUACAUGCAGGCGCCGUAUACCCCUAUGCAAUACAAUCGAUUGCAGCCCCAUGGGAAUGAGRUGACUCCGGCAUCACACCGUCAUAAUGAUUCCCAGCACUCGAUCCAGUUACCUCCCAUCAAUUCAACCGACGCAUAUGCUCCAUCGAAUCCACCGUUGGAAUCGCCAAGUCUGAAUCUCCCUGGAGUCUCCCACGACGGAGCUAUGCGAGCGAUCUCGCAAGAUCCGGACUUCCCACCAUAUGACUUAUUGUAUGCACUUACGGAUCUAUUCUUCAAACACAUCAAUACAUGGUGUCCAAUACUGCAUCGUCGUAGUACUUUGGACGCACUAUUCGGCUCCUCCAACUUGGAAGAAGCGGAUCGAAUUUUGCUUCAUGCCAUCGUAGCAACGACUCUACGCUUCUCUACAGAUCCAAGACUGAGUGACCCAGCUCGAGAACGAUAUCAUGCUACGUCGAAACAAAAAGUGCUUUUGUACGGUCUGGAAAACAGCUCGGUGAAGGCACUUCAAGCAUUGGUGAUCCUUGCCCUAGAUAUCAUUGGUAAUUCAAAUGGCCCUCCCGGGUGGAAUCUACUGGCUCUUAUUACCAGGAGUGUGGUUCAGCUGGGCCUUGCUGUCGAAACCACAUCGGCAUCAAUUGCACCUCUUUACCCGUCCAUCUACACCCUCCGUGCAAUGGUCCUUCCAGAGUCGACUUCAUUCAUCGAGGAUGAGAGUCGACGACGUCUCUUCUGGAUGGUCUACUUACUAGAUCGCUACGCCACAAUCGCUACAGCUUUCGAAUUUGCUCUAGAUGACAAGGAGAUUGAUCGAAAGUUGCCCUGCCGAGACGACCUCUUCGCUCGCAAUCAACCCAUUGACACUAGAUGGUUCCAAACGGAAGAAGGUGAACAACACAAUUUAACUGAGAUGAAUCAUCCUGAAAAUCUAGGGUCUUUCAGCUAUUACAUCGAGAUCCUAGGUAUCCUCUCGCAGAUCCACCGCUUCCUCAAAAAACCAGUCGAUAUCUCCGCUCUCUCCGAUGUCGAGCAAUGGCAACAACAAUACCGUCAACUCGACAGCAAACUCAACAACUGGAAAUUCAGCCUCCCAAGCGAAUACGGCAACAUGUCUCGCCUGUUCAACCCCAAUGGCGGCAACAAAGUCGUCAACUGUAUCUGGAUAAUGCUACACAUGACCUACCACACCACGGUGAUUCGCCUACACUCUUCCGCCGCAUACCCAACAACCAGAUCCCCAAUCUUCACACCCUCCUUCUCCGCCUCCCAACGCUGCCAUACCGCCGUUGAAGACAUUUGUGCACUGUGCACAUAUGUUCGAAAUAACAACAUGCUGACGCGUCUCGGACCACCUUUCGCCUUCUCCCUCUGGGUCGCGGCUCGACUUCUCCUCGUCCACGGCUCCACAAUCGAUCACCAUGUCCAUACUUCUUUGAUCCCUCUCGUGGAGACAUUAAGGAUGAUGGGAACAUAUUGGGGCGUUGCGGAACGAUACGCAACACUUUUACAACGAGUCAUGGAUGAAUUUCAAGAAAGCGAACGGGCGCCUGUGGGCGCGAACGGAGUGCGAGAAACGCCUAGUACGGUGCGAAUUUUGGCGGAUAUGAGACGGUGUGCUUACGAUUUGGAUUUUCUGAUCUCGAGGCAACCGAGACAGAUUUUGGGGGUUAAUAGACAGGGUGCUGGUGCUGCUGCUGCUCCUGGGACGAAAGGGACUACUACUACUACGCCCGCGAGGACUCCGGCUGUGCAUGAGUUGGAGUAUUUGGAUGUUUUUGAUUUUUUUAAUAUGCCUAGGCUUCCUGCUGUUGGGGGAGACGGUGGGGUGGUGGGUCAUGGAGAGGUGGGAAUUGAAGGGUCUGGUGGGGUUGUUGGUGCGGAGUAUCAGACUUUUGUGGAUUGGAAGGGGGUUGCGGAGGGGGGCGGAGGUAUGGGGAAUGAUUGGUUGGUGCAAGGUUGA